AUGAACAAGCGGGUCCCCGGGGUCAGGUUACUUACCGCGCGGGCGUUGAGUGUGCCGCCACCACACCGCGUAGUGUCGCUUCCGUUCGACACUCUGGUCCGGACAAAUCUACAAGUGUCUCCCGUGCAAGCUUGGAUAUUUUCCGAACGUUUGGGAAAGCCGACGCCUGACGAGCCGCCCAUGGCUGGUGAUAGGGCACCACGAUGA